AUAAUGUUUUAGCUUUGAAAAGUGCCUGACUGCAACAUUGUUUAACUGCUAGAAAGAUCUAAAUGUUUUGAAUGCAUCUGACACUGAUUUUUCUUGAAAUGGUUUUGUGAAUAAAGCAUUCCAAGGACUCCAAGAAGCUGCAGUUUCAGUAUCGGAAAAAUGGACAUCAAGCCAGUUAUUGUAGUUCAUGGAGGAGCAUGGGCAAUACCAGAUGAUCUGGCAGAAAGCAGCAAGGAUGGCGUUAGAAAUGCAGCAAAAUGUGGAUUUUCUGUACUAGCAAAUGGCGGGAGAGCUGUUCAUGCUGUUGAAUAUGCUGUGCAAAUGCUAGAAGACAACAUAGUAUUUGAUGCAGGUCACGGUGCUGUGCUGAAUGCAGAGGGUGAUGUGGAACUUGAUGCAAUUAUAAUGGAUGGCAGAAAUCUUGCUGUAGGUGCAGUUUCCUGCAUCAAAAAUAUUGCUAACCCUGUCAUGCUUGCACGCACAGUCAUGGAAAAGACCCCCUAUGCUAUGCUGACUGGUGCUGGAGCAAAUAAGUUUGCAGAAACAAUGAAGAUUAAACAAGUCCCAAGAGAAGAACUGGUGACUGAGCUCGCUAUAAAGGAAUGGGAACAAUAUCAAAAAUAUAAACAAAGUGUCACAUGUCUUUUCAACUCGGAGCAAAUGCAUGACACAGUUGGUGCAGUAGCAAUUGAUUCUGAAGGCAAUGUUGCCUGUGCCACAUCAACCGGAGGAAUAACAAAUAAAAUGGUUGGACGUGUUGGAGACAGCCCAAUCAUAGGUUCUGGAGCAUAUGCAGACAAUUUUAUUGGUGCUGCAUCUACAACAGGGCAUGGGGAAUCCAUAAUGAAAGUAACACUUGCAAGACUUGUACUCUUUAACAUGGAGAAAGGUGAAACUCCACAGGAUGCAGCAGACCAUGCCCUAGACUUUAUGAAGAACAAGGUGCAAGGCAGAGGUGGCUUAAUAACUGUGAGCAAAACUGGAGAAUGGGCAGCAAGAUUUACUACGAAAAGAAUGGCAUGGGCCAGUGUAGAGAACAGUAUAUUAACGUAUGGACUCAAUCCUGGAGAAAUUUUCCAUGAAACCAUAGAUCUAUCAAAUAUAGUGAUCUGAAUU